GGUUCAUGGACUUCCUGCUCCCAGAUAACCAGCACAGCUAAAGUUUGCUACAAUGGGACAAGCUGGAGAGGAUCGCCUCCUUUUAUAGGGUGACCUUCAGCCGCAAAGCUGCUGUCCACGUGGACUGGGGCCGAGAUCCUACGUCCAUCCGCCAGGACGCCCACGUCCAAACGCGACAUGGCGACCAACAGCAGCAAGGUGGCCGACGGGCAGAUCUCCACCGAAGUCAGUGAGGCCCCCUUGGCCAACGACAAGCCCAAAACCCUAGUGGUCAAGGUGCAGAAGAAGGCGGGGGACCUUCCUGAUCGAGACACGUGGAAGGGUCGCUUUGACUUCCUCAUGUCCUGCGUGGGCUACGCCAUUGGCCUGGGCAAUGUCUGGAGGUUCCCCUACCUCUGCGGGAAGAACGGCGGCGGGGCCUUCCUGAUCCCCUACUUCCUGACACUCAUCUUUGCGGGGGUCCCACUCUUCCUGCUGGAGUGCUCCCUGGGCCAGUACACGUCCAUCGGGGGCCUGGGUGUGUGGAAACUGGCCCCCAUGUUCAAGGGUGUGGGCCUGGCUGCGGCCGUGCUGUCCUUCUGGCUGAAUAUCUACUACAUCGUCAUCAUCUCCUGGGCCAUCUACUACCUGUACAACUCCUUCACCACGACGCUGCCAUGGAAACAGUGUGACAACCCCUGGAACACAGAGCACUGCUUCUCCAACUAUAGCAUUGUCAACACCACCAACAUGACCAGCGCUGUGGUGGAGUUUUGGGAGCGCAACAUGCAUCAAAUGACGGACGGGCUGGACAAGCCGGGUCAGAUCCGCUGGCCGCUGGCCAUCACCCUGGCCAUUGCAUGGAUCCUGGUGUACUUCUGCAUCUGGAAGGGUGUGGGCUGGACCGGGAAGGUGGUGUACUUCUCGGCCACCUAUCCCUACAUCAUGCUUAUCAUCCUGUUCUUCCGCGGAGUGACGCUGCCGGGGGCCAAGGAAGGCAUCCUCUUCUACAUUACGCCCAACUUCCGCAAGCUGUCCGACUCAGAGGUGUGGCUGGAUGCGGCUACCCAGAUCUUCUUCUCCUAUGGGCUGGGCCUGGGGUCCCUGAUCGCUCUCGGGAGCUACAACUCUUUCCACAACAACGUCUACAGGGACUCCAUCAUUGUCUGCUGCAUCAACUCUUGCACCAGCAUGUUCGCGGGCUUCGUCAUCUUCUCCAUCGUGGGCUUCAUGGCGCAUGUCACCAAAAGGUCCAUUGCCGAUGUGGCCGCCUCAGGUCCCGGCCUGGCGUUCCUGGCGUACCCAGAGGCCGUGACGCAGCUGCCCAUCUCCCCGCUCUGGGCCAUCCUCUUCUUCUCCAUGCUCCUGAUGCUGGGCAUCGACAGCCAGUUCUGCACUGUGGAAGGCUUCAUCACUGCGCUCGUGGACGAGUACCCUCGGCUCCUCCGCAACCGCAGGGAGCUCUUCAUCGCCGCCGUCUGCAUCGUGUCCUACCUGAUCGGCCUCUCCAACAUCACCCAGGGGGGCAUUUACGUCUUCAAACUAUUUGACUACUACUCUGCCAGCGGCAUGAGCCUGCUGUUCCUCGUGUUCUUCGAGUGUGUCUCCAUUUCCUGGUUUUACGGUGUCAACCGAUUCUAUGACAAUAUCCAAGAGAUGGUUGGCUCCAGGCCCUGCAUCUGGUGGAAGCUCUGCUGGUCCUUCUUCACCCCGAUCAUUGUGGCGGGUGUGUUCAUUUUCAGUGCCGUACAGAUGACACCCCUCACCAUGGGCAGCUACGUCUUCCCCAAGUGGGGCCAGGGUGUUGGCUGGCUCAUGGCUCUGUCCUCCAUGGUCCUCAUCCCUGGGUACAUGGCCUACAUGUUCCUUACCUUGAAGGGCUCUCUGAAGCAGCGCAUCCAGGUCAUGACCCAGCCCAGCGAGGACAUCGUCCGCCCGGAGAACGGCCCAGAGCAGCCCCAGGCCGGCAGCUCAGCCAGCAAGGAGGCCUACAUCUAGGGCUGGGCUCUCGCAACCCGAUGCUGUCACCCCUGCCUGGCUGAGCCCCAGUGACCGCCACUUGAUGACUGGACACCUUCCAUCUGCACCUACCUCAAGUGGCGCAUCCCGACACCAUCGGCUCAUGGAGGGGCAUGGGGGACAGUUGGACCGGGCGGGCCCUGCCAUGGACAGCAGCACCCAGUGGCUGCCAGCGCCGGGGGCCUGGUGAUCUUUUUCAUGGGGUCCCAAAGCAACAAGUGGCCAGUUAGCAUUUGUCACGGCCGCGGUAGCCCAUUUUUAGCCUGCCGGCGAGUGUGGCUGGGAGAGGCCAUGCGCACUCCUGGCUUUUAGUCAUUUUCCUGACUGUUCUCUUACUGCCAGACCCUGACUGUUACGUGGGACUUCACGGGAGGCCGGCUCUGCCAGAUGCUGCUUGGGACCCACAACACGGGCAUUUUGUACAACGGGACCACAGGGGCUUCGCACGAAGGGGCAGGAGCCAGCAGAGCUCUGACUCCUCGGCUGUGGGCUUCUCCUUCCUGAGGCAGCUGACAAAACACCCCCGGAGACCUCAGGCAGUGUCCUCUCCCCGCGUCCACAAGGGGACGGGCCUCUGGGCAGCUACUUGACUGCCGGGUUCCGAGUGGACCUGGCCCACCUGCCCCUUCCAGAAGGGCUCUGCGUGCUGGAAAAGUGCUCCGUGCACAGCUGAUUUCUCUUGGUUGCCACCAAGGGGGAUGUCCCAGCAGGAGCACUCAUUCACUGCCCGCCUUUACAGAGCACAAAACCCCUGCAGAGGGAAGAAGGGGAAGGGACUGUCCUGGUCAAGGCAGACCCAGCGGUCCCGCAGGCCCCCCUAUGCUGUCACUCGCACUGCCACCCCGUUUUCAGCUGCUGCCUCCUUUCCCCGGAUCCCUCAGCAGGAGGCACUGUGACCCACAAAGCCCACUCACUGAGGUGCCAGUGUUCUCCCGGCCUCCGUCCCACCCCACCUUGGGCUUCUGAAGCCAACCGUGCUUCCUUGGGAAGUGGGAGGUGUCCCUUUCAGGAAUCGUCUUCAUGGUGUUGGUGGCAAAGCCAGGUCAUGGGGUCCUAGGAGCUCCUGUGAGGUGGCCUUUUCAUUGGCCAAGAGAAAGGGUCCCUGUAGCAAAGCAGAAGUCUCCCCCUGUAGGUCCUUAGCUUGUUAGCUCGCAAACUGUGUUUCCUGACUAAUCCGUAUUAACUAUGGUAAAUACUGUGACUGUGAGUUUUUCAGUAUCUUCUCAUGCUCAUCCAGAAGCGACCAGCACACCAGUUCUUGCAAUAAGAUAUUACCCUCAGAGCACCCAGCACAUUAUCGUAGAGAAUUUUAAACGUCUGUAUGCACAUAGAUACACGCACCAUGCACAUCUGUCCCCGUGUGUGGCUUGAUGGGUCUGCAGCUUUCCCAAGGCCAUCUGUAAAAUAGUCACAUUGCCAAGGCACCCCAGGCUGUGUGGGGAAGCCACAAUCCAGCUGCGUCUAGUUGUGAGGUUCUAGGGUUUAGGACGGAAGGACCCGCCACUGUGUCUCCCUGUCCCAUCUGCUGCCCAAGCGUGCAUUCCCUUAGGGGACAGCUGGGGACUCCCUUCUCUUUGUCUUCAACAUGAAACUGAGACCGUCUUUCUAUGAUAAAUGCCGUAUAUUUAAUGUUUGUAAGCUCCUCCAACUGAGAUGUUUGGCAAGAAAUCCCCUAACUGAUUUCCACCCAAACUCACCUUAUAGAGCACAAUAUUAAGUCUCGUACAUCUACUGUGAGAUCCGUGAAUAUGUGUAACUUUUUUUUUUUUUAGUAUUUGCCCGGGGUGGGGGGAGAGAUAUUGUAUUAUCAUAUAUGCUUUUUUUGCAAUAAGGAUUUAUUCUCAGAACAUCAAGUAAAUUUAUCUCUAUAUUAAAAAAUAUAUGUAAUAUAUACAUAUUCAAACUAUAUACAGAGCCUGUUUUAAAAAAAGUUACAGUAUUAUUUAGUAAAAUUAUCUGUUCUAUGGACCAAAUGUAAAAUAUUUAUAAACGAAGAUGCAUUUUAAAUGUCUAUGGUGUCAUAACUAGAGCACGGGCGUUAUGUAAGUUUCUAAGAAUUUAGAGGAAAAAUAAUAAAGGUUCUAUGAUAUGCAAUAA